UUGGGAUUGGUUCCUGGUACUCAGGCCCCGCCUCCUCCGGCCACGCCUCUCGCGUCUGUUUUUCCCGCCUCCACCGGGGCCGAGCUUGUUCUGGGUGACAGUUGAGGAUGGCCGGAGCUGAGGGCUCCGCUGGGCGGCGGUCGGAGCUGGAGCCCGUGGUAUCGCUGGUCGACGUACUUGAGGAGGACGAGGAGUUGGAGAACGAGGCAUGCGCGGUCCUGGGCGGCAGCGACUCGGAGAAGUGCUCCUACUCGCAGGGGUCAGUAAAGAGACAAGCCCUAUAUGCCUGUAGUACCUGUACCCCAGAGGGAGAAGAACCAGCAGGGAUUUGCCUAGCUUGCAGUUAUGAAUGUCAUGGAAGUCAUAAACUAUUCGAGCUAUACACAAAAAGGAAUUUUCGGUGUGAUUGUGGAAACAGCAAAUUUAAAAAUUUGGAAUGCAAGUUAUUUCCUGACAAAACUAAGGUAAAUUCUGGCAAUAAGUACAAUGACAACUUUUUUGGAUUAUACUGCAUUUGCAAGAGACCUUAUCCUGAUCCUGAAGAUGAGAUUCCAGAUGAGAUGAUCCAGUGUGUAGUCUGUGAAGACUGGUUCCAUGGAAGGCAUCUUGGUGCCAUGCCCCCCGAGAGUGGGGAUUUCCAAGAGAUGGUGUGCCAGGCUUGCAUGAAGCGUUGUUCUUUCUUGUGGGCUUAUGCUGCACAGCUGGCAGUAACCAAAGUAUCUGCUGAAGAUGAUGGGUUGGUGCUGAAUGUCGAUGGGACAGGUGAUCAGGAACUUACCAAACCUGAAAAUGGAGAUCACCAAGACAGUACCUUCAAAGAGGACAUUCCAGAACACGGAAAGGAUGCCGCCAGGGAAAUUAACGCAGAGCAGAAUAAUGAGCCAUGCACCAGCUCUAGUUCUGAAUCUGAUCACCAGACAGUGUUUAAGAAUCAAAGCGUCAACACAGAAUCACCAUCUGGCUGCAAAUUCCAGGAGCUUAAAGCUGGGCAGUUUAUGAAGAAAGACACUGCCACCUACUGGCCUGUGAAUUGGCGCAGUAAGCUGUGUACCUGCCAAGACUGUAUGAAAAUGUAUGGAGAUCUAGAUGUCCUGUUCCUGACAGAUGAAUAUGACACAGUCCUGGCCUAUGAGAACAAAGGCAAGACUGACCAGGCGGCCGACAGGAGAGACCCUUUAAUGGACACCCUGAACAGCAUGAAUAGGGUACAACAAGUGGAACUUAUUUGUGAAUACAAUGACUUGAAGACUGAACUUAAAGACUAUCUCAAGAGAUUUGCUGAUGAAGGCACGGUGGUUAAGAGAGAGGACAUUCAGCAGUUCUUUGAAGAAUUUCAGUCUAAAAAGAGAAGGAGAGUGGAUGGGAUGCAGUAUUACUGCAGCUAGAGUGGAGUGUGAAGCUUUCUCAUGCAGGCCAGCGGAAAUACCACUUACUGUUCCAGGAAUAAAAGAGGCCUGUUUCACAGUCGGUCCCUUUCCGUCCUCCGUCCUCUCUUUGAAGAGGCCUCCUCCGGCCUGAGCUGGCCUGAGCUCCCUCAGUUCUCCUUAACUACAGUAGCCACAGUGUUUAUGCUGAUUUCACAACCAGCAUUCUUCUUAUGACUCAGCUAAAUGCAACUCACUCCACAGACUUCAGCUCCCUUUCUCCCAAAUACCCAGGGUUAUUUGCUUCUAAGUUUUAAGAAGUUUGAUUUGGUUUUGAGAAAGCAAAUUGGUUCCUUUUUUAACAAUUUGUUCUUUAACUCCCAACUGUGUGUACUUUGCCACAGAGCUGUUGCCUUCCAGGACCUCUGUGUGGGCAUCACAGAAGGUUCACUUCCGGUCAGCUGGACCCUCUGUAGGCCACCCCACCCCUACAGUCGUGGUGUCUUGGGUCAACGCUUCCUCAAGCCCAGUCUGCUCUUUCUUCCUCAUCCCUGCUCUCUGAGGUUUGGUCAUGGCUUAGAAGGGAUGGUGGAACUUCUUUUCUCUGGGCCAAACCUCUCGAGUAACCAGAACUGAUGAUUUUCUGGCCUGGAUGUCUGUCAUUGUCAGGGAGAUUGGCCGAUGACAGGGUUGAGGAAGCAAACUUUGCUACAAAUUUUACUAAUAAAGUUAAAGUGACAUUUCCCUUCGUGACUCGCCCGGCACUUGGAUAUCAGAAUGUCAGUGCUGCGGUGCUCAUCGGGCUUCCUGGAGGCUUGCCGGUACACUAGCCCCUCUUCUGCUGCCUCAAAUAUAUUAACAGACCGGGUAUCACCCCUGUGAAAUCUUGGUGGUUUACAAAGUCCUCUGGAUUUCUUUAUAUUAUCAGGGAUAUUCAUAAGCAUAUAUUAAAAAUGGACCUAUUUUGAUAUUGUUCUGUUAUAAAAAUGUUAUCAAAACCCCAAUAAAUUAUGAUUUUCCCCCUUG